AUGUCGGAGCUUGAUAAAGAUUCAUCUUCGAAUGUAUCUUCUGCAUCAGAUCACAUAUCUUAUAAUGGAUUUGAUGAAAAAGCGGAUAAAAGAAUUAGACAAUUGGCUCAGCAGUUAACAAGAACAUCAACUAAUCUGGAUACCCAAGACGUUAACGGAAAUAAUAAUAACGAUGUCCAAUCGACCGUUUCAAGGUCGAUUUUUAGUGAUUCUUUACUAAAAGAAGGUGUAAAUCCAGUUUUCACCGAUAUAAAUGAUCCAAAUUACAAUGAAAAACUAGAUCCUAACAGUGACAAUUUCUCCAGUUAUGAUUGGGUUAAAAAUAUUUCAAAUUUAGCAAAUGCCGAUCCAGAUUAUUAUAAACCAUAUAAAUUAGGUUGUUCAUGGAAAAAUCUAACUGCUGAAGGCAAUUCAUCAGAUGUGUCAUAUCAAUCAACUGUAUUAAAUUUACCAUUGAAAUUGGCUACUUUAGGUUAUUACUUAUUAAGUUCAGGUGCAAAUAAAAAAGUACAAAUUUUGAAAAGUGUAGAUGGUUUAAUCAAACCUGGUGAGUUAUUAGUCGUUUUAGGUAGACCAGGUUCAGGUUGUACCACUCUAUUAAAAUCCAUCACUUCAAAUACACAUGGUUUUCAACUUACAGACGAAUCGGAAAUCUCUUAUGAUGGCUUGACCCCAAAGGAAAUUAAAAAACAUUAUAGAGGUGAUGUCGUUUACAAUGCUGAAGCUGAUAUCCAUUUGCCACAUUUAACAGUUUUUCAAACUUUAGUCACCGUGGCGAAAUUAAAGACUCCACAGAAUAGAUUUAAAGGUGUCACUAGAGAACAAUUCGCUGAUCAUGUGACCGACGUUACAAUGGCUACAUAUGGUUUAUUGCAUACAAGGAAUACUAAAGUGGGUAACGAUUUAGUUAGAGGUGUUUCUGGUGGUGAAAGAAAGAGAGUCUCCAUUGCCGAAGUUACCAUUUGUGGUUCUAAAUUCCAAUGUUGGGAUAAUGCAACUAGAGGUUUGGAUUCUGCCACUGCUUUAGAAUUCAUCAGAGCUUUAAAAACACAAGCAGUUUUACAAAAUACAGCAGCAACAGUCGCCAUCUAUCAAUGUUCUCAAGACGCAUAUGAUUUAUUUGAUAAAGUUUGUGUCUUAGACGAGGGUUAUCAAUUAUUUUAUGGUUCAUCUUCAAAGGCAAAAGAAUUUUUCAUAAAGAUGGGUUAUAUCUGUCCCCCAAGACAAACAACAGCCGAUUUCUUAACUUCAGUUACCUCCCCAGUUGAAAGAAUAUUAAACGAAGAAUACUUAGCAAAAGGUAUUAAAAUUCCACAAACUCCACGCGAUAUGUCUGAAUAUUGGAGAAAUUCUCAAGAAUAUAGAGAUUUAAUUAGAGAAAUCGAUGAAUAUAACGCACAGAACAAUGACGAAUCAAAACAAAUUAUGCAUGAUGCACAUGUUGCUACACAGUCAAGAAGGGCAAGACCAUCUUCUCCAUAUACCGUUUCAUAUGGUCUACAGAUUAAAUACAUUUUAACUAGAAAUAUUUGGAGAAUGAAAAACAGUUUUGAAAUUACUGGUUUUCAAGUUUUUGGUAACUCUGCCAUGGCUUUAAUUCUAGGUUCUAUGUUUUACAAAGUUAUGCUUCAUCCAACUACUGAUACUUUCUACUAUCGUGGUGCUGCCAUGUUCUUUGCCGUUUUAUUUAAUGCUUUCUCUUCCCUUAUUGAAAUUUUUACCUUAUAUGAAGCUAGACCGAUCACGGAAAAACACAAAUCGUACUCAUUAUACCAUCCAAGUGCUGAUGCAUUCGCUUCUAUUAUAUCAGAAAUACCCCCAAAGUUAAUCACAUCUGUUUGUUUUAACAUCAUUUUCUACUUCUUAUGUAAUUUUAGAAGAAAUGGUGGUGUUUUUUUCUUCUACUAUUUGAUUAGUAUUGUUGCCGUUUUCGCUAUGUCACAUUUAUUCAGAUGUGUCGGUUCCUUAACAAAGACAUUGCAAGAGGCUAUGGUUCCCGCAUCUAUGUUACUGUUAGCUUUGUCAAUGUAUACUGGUUUUGCUAUCCCAAGAACAAAAAUCUUAGGUUGGUCUAUUUGGGUAUGGUAUAUUAAUCCAUUAGCAUACUUAUUUGAAUCAUUAAUGAUUAAUGAGUUCCAUGGUCGCCAUUUCCCAUGUACCGCAUACAUCCCUGCUGGAGGUUCUUAUGAUUCACAAACAGGAACAACAAGAAUUUGUUCUGUUAAUGGUGCUAUUGCAGGCCAGGAUUAUGUUUUGGGUGACGAUUACAUUAAGUCAAGUUAUGCUUACGAGCACAAACAUAAAUGGCGUGGUUUUGGUGUUGGUAUGGCUUAUGUUGUGUUUUUCUUUGUAGUUUACUUGGUUAUCUGUGAAUAUAAUGAAGGUGCUAAACAAAAGGGUGAAAUUUUAGUUUUCCCUCGUUCAGUUGUCAAAAAAAUGAAGAAAGCUAAAACAUUAAACGAUAGUUCUUCUAAUGUUAGUGACGUUGAAAAGGCCACUUCUGAGUCCAUCUCUGAUAAAAAAUUGUUAGAAGAAUCUUCCGGUUCCUUUGAUGAUUCUUCCGAAAGGGAGCAUUUCAAUAUUAGUAAGUCUUCUGCUGUUUUUCAUUGGAGAAAUCUAUGUUAUGAUGUUCAAAUUAAGUCUGAGACAAGACGUAUUCUAAAUAACGUUGAUGGUUGGGUUAAACCGGGCACAUUGACUGCUUUGAUGGGUUCUUCUGGUGCUGGUAAAACAACUUUACUAGAUUGUUUGGCAGAAAGAGUGACAAUGGGUGUUAUUACAGGUGAUAUAUUUGUUGAUGGUUUGCCACGUGAUACUUCAUUUCCAAGAUCUAUUGGUUAUUGUCAGCAACAAGAUUUACAUUUAACAACUGCUACUGUUAGGGAGUCGUUGAGAUUUUCAGCAGAACUACGUCAACCAGCUGACGUGUCGGUUUCAGAAAAACACGCCUACGUCGAGGAGGUUAUCAAAAUUUUAGAGAUGGAAAAAUAUGCUGAUGCCGUUGUCGGUGUUGCUGGUGAAGGUUUGAAUGUCGAACAGCGUAAAAGAUUGACAAUCGGUGUUGAAUUAGCGGCAAAGCCAAAAUUAUUAGUGUUUUUAGAUGAGCCUACUUCUGGUUUAGAUUCGCAAACUGCUUGGUCUAUUUGUCAGUUGAUGAAAAAGUUAGCCAAGUUUGGUCAGGCUAUUCUAUGUACUAUUCAUCAACCUUCUGCUAUUUUAAUGCAAGAGUUUGAUCGUUUGCUAUUCUUACAAAAAGGUGGUAAGACUGUUUAUUUUGGUGAAUUAGGUGACAACUGUACUACAAUGAUUGAUUACUUUGAAAGAAAUGGUGCCCAUAAAUGUCCUCCAGAUGCUAAUCCAGCAGAAUGGAUGUUAGAGGUUGUCGGUGCUGCUCCCGGUUCACAUGCUAGUCAAGAUUAUAAUGAGGUAUGGAGAAAUUCUGAUGAAUAUAGAGCUGUUCAAGAGGAAUUAGAUUGGAUGGAAAGUGAAUUACCCAAACAAGCUACUGAAACAUCAGCUCAUGAACUUCUGGAAUUUGCCUCAAGCUUAUGGAUCCAAUAUGUUGCUGUUUGUAUUAGAUUGUUUCAACAGUACUGGAGAACACCAUCUUAUAUUUGGUCGAAGUUUUUAGUUACUAUUUUUAACGCUUUGUUUAUUGGUUUUACUUUCUUUAAGGCUGAUAGAACUCUACAAGGUCUACAAAAUCAAAUGUUAGCAAUUUUCAUGUUCACAGUUAUCACUAAUCCUAUUUUACAACAAUAUCUUCCUUCAUUCGUCACCCAAAGAGAUUUAUAUGAAGCUAGGGAACGUCCUUCGAGAACUUUUUCUUGGAAAGCAUUUAUCGCAGCUCAAAUUUCUGUUGAAAUUCCAUGGAGUAUUUUGGCUGGUACUCUCUAUUUCUUAAUUUAUUAUUAUGCCAUUGGUUUCUACAAUAAUGCUUCUGCUGCUGAUCAACUACAUGAAAGAGGUGCCUUAUUUUGGUUAUUCUCAUGUGCUUUCUUCGUUUAUAUCGUUUCCUUGGGUACUUUGGUUAUUGCUUUCAAUCAAGUUGCAGAAACAGCUGCUCACUUAGCUUCCUUAAUGUUUACUAUGUGUUUGUCUUUCAAUGGUGUCUUAGUUACAUCAGCAAAAAUGCCACGUUUCUGGAUUUUCAUGUAUAGGGUAUCCCCGUUCACUUAUUUUGUUGAUGCAUUACUUUCUACUGGUGUUGCUAAUGUCGAAGUUCAUUGUGCUGAUUACGAAUUACGUAAAUUUACUCCUCCAAGUGGUUUAACUUGCGGGGAAUAUAUGGACCCAUACAUCAGCGCUGCUGGUACUGGCUACUUGACUGAUCCAAACAAUACUGAAACUUGUAGCUUCUGUCAAAUUUCGGACACUAAUACAUUUUUAGCCAGUGUUGGUUCUAGCUAUCAUAGAAGAUGGAGAAAUUUCGGUAUUUUUAUUUGUUUCAUUGCCAUCAAUUACAUUGGUGGGAUUUUCUUUUAUUGGUUGUCUAGAGUUCCAAAAGGCUCCAAGAAAAUGAAAAGUAAAUAG